AUGUCGACGCCGUCGCAACCGCAGACAUCCGCGGCCUCGUAUGACAUGUACGAAAGCAGCCCUUCCGGUCCCCCUACUCCUCCCAACACUCCACGCUCCCAGGACGACACGCAGCAGCAGCAGCUUCACGGUCAUCACCACCAGAUGACCCAAUUUUUCCCCCUGACCCAGGCGUAUGGUACUCAAUCUAUGCAGCCCCAGAUCACGAUGGCUCUUUCCCGUCCUCAGCCCAUCGCGCUUGCCUCGGCGUCUGGUGCUCAUGGCAGAUUCUCUUGCCCUCACCGGACCAAGACCUACUUUCACGUGAAGGACCAUCUGCCGCUCCGUGAGUGA